AUGGAGGAUAUGAUUGUUCAAGAUGAUGCUGGUGAAGAAGAAGAAUCUGAACAUACCGAAAAAAAAGAAAAAGUUACUGUUAAAACUCCAGCUGAGGUUAACAUGGAUGUGGAUGAAACUGAAAAGAUAGAGAAUAAUAUUGAUGCAGAGGAUAGUAUCAACUUGGAUAUUGGUGAUGAUGAAUUGCUUAAUGAGGAGGCAGACAACAAUACUAAAGUUAUUAAGAAAGAUGAGGCGGUUCGGGAGGACGACGAGCCGGCAGAGCCAGCGAGCGCCAAUUCUGCGCCAGCCGCUCCAGCGACCAACGGUGACGACGUGCCUGCCGACAACGAACAUCAAGUAAACUCCGAAGCCCCCGCCACUAGCAAUGAGGGUGAGAAAGCUGACAAGGAACAAAAAGAUGAGAAAGAAAAGGAAAAUGAUAGUGAAAAGAAGGAUAAAAAAGAUGACAAUAAAGAAGGUGGUGCAAGAAAUCUUUGGGUCAGUGGUUUGUCUGGUGACACUCGUGCUAAAGAUCUGAAGCAACUGUGCAGCAAACAUGGAAAGGUGAUUGGAGCGAAAGUAGUAACUAAUGCUAGAACUCCAGGGUCCCGUUGCUAUGGUUAUGUGACAAUGGCAAGUGCUCAAGAUGCCGAAAAUUGUAUUAAAAAUUUACAUAGAACUGAAUUGCAUGGUCGUAUGAUCUCGGUAGAAAAGGCAAAAUCGGAAUCAGAAUCAUCUUCGCGUCGUCAACCUCUUGCCCGUUCUGAGCGGAGGCCAAGUAAGGAACGCAAAGAGGAACUAAAUGAGAGUGAGGAACCCAAGGAAGGUGCAGAAAAAGUAGCUGAGCCAAAACCUAAAAAAGAUGGAGAAGUAUCGGGUGCGGAAAGCAAUAGAUCUACAUCUCGAACACGUGAGAAGUCGCAUCGUUCUGACAAAGACCGGCCUAGACGUAGCACAAGAAGUCGUGAACGGCGACGAUCGCCCCGGGAAGUCCUGUCGUUUUCUAAAAUCUGGAAGGAGCGCGACGUGGCCCGCGCUCGCGAGCGCUCCCGCGCGGCGCGCGAGGAGGAGCGCCGCCGCCGCGCCGCAGAGGACGCGCUGCGCGAGCGGGAGCGGCGCCAGCGGCAGGAGAAGCAUCGCCUCGCUCUCGAGCGGGAGAAACUGCGUGCCGAGAGGGAGAAAAUAGAACGCGAGAAGAACGAGCUGCUUCGGCUGGAGCGCGAACGUCACAGAUUAGAGAGGGAGAAGUUGGAAUUGGAGAGACUGGAAUUGAAGCGUGCUCAAUUAAGACUGGAAGAGGAGCGUCGCAAGCGCGGCUACGAGAGCAGCACGUACCGCAAGGCGGGCAGCCCGCCGCCCGAGCCCGCCUACGAGCGCGACGCGCGCCACAAGCGGCCGCCGCCGCCGCCCAUGUCAUCUAACCGUGGACAGUUCGAAGCACCGCCGCCCCCACGCUUCGAAAUGACUGCCAGCUAUGACCGCGGCACGGACAAGCGUGACCGGGACCGUGACUACAAGCGUGACUACCCACCACGACAUGUUUCAUCUGGCAAUAUGAAAUACUCUACUAACGGUGGAGCUAAUGAAGAUUCACGGCAGCCAAUGCCACCCGGCACAAGACCAAAGGAGCCUAGUCGAUCGUACGAGUCCCGGGAUACCCGUUCGUAUCGUCCAUCUCCCCCUGGAAAGCCGGAGCCGCGCAGCUGGAACGCAUCCAGCCGCUAUCCAGAUGCUGCGGCGGCAACCAAAGGUGGUAACACCGGUGGAGGUGGUAACGAGACAUGGUCGUCGAGCGGAGAGACGCGCUACGGCUACGAGCAGCGCUACGCGCCGCAGUACCAGCCGCCACCGCCCGGCGCGCCCUACCCGGACCGCUACGCGCCGCCCCCGAGGGACUACCCGCGCAAGUACUAG